UUAGAUUCAACAACAACAACAUCUGGGACUUUUCUUGUUUAGACGAUUAACUGACGUACAAGCAUUACAGAUAGACGUUACUACUGGUAUCAACAAUGGCUCACUAUAAAGGAGCAGCCUCAGAAGGCGGUCGGGCACAGAUUUUGAUGAAAAAGAGGCAAAAGGAGCAGGAAGAAUUAGAGGAAAGAAAGAAAAAGAUAGAGGAAGACCUCAAUGUUGGGAGCAUCCAGAAUAAGUUUGCCAGUCAUUAUGAUGCUAUAGAACAACAACUAAAAUCAAACACAAUUGGUCUGGUGACCCUCACGGAGAUGAAGGCCAAACAAGAGGACUUCAUCAAGGCUCGAGAGAAACAGCUUGCCAAGAAAGAUGCUGAGGCACGACUCAUAGAAAAGAGAAAGCUGGAGAAUAAACAAAAUGAAAAGAAAAAGAUUGCUGCUCUCUCAUUUGACCCUGAUGGAGAUGAGGAAGAGGAGGAAGAGGAAGUGCCUAUAGUCACAAAGAAGAAACGGCUUGGUAUGAAUCCAGAUGUAGAUACAAGUUUCCUCCCUGACAAAGACCGUGAAGAGGAAGAAAACAAACUUAGGGAGCAGAUUGCCCAAGAGUGGAUGCAGCGUCAGGAGGCGAUCAAGAGCGAGGAGAUCCAGAUCACGUACAGCUACUGGGACGGCUCUGGUCACAGACGCCAAGCUCGAAUGAAGAAGGGCAACAGCAUCCAGCAGUUCCUGCACAAGUGCCUCGAGACACUCAGGAAAGAGUUCAACGACCUGAAGGCGGUCACCGUCGACCAGCUCAUGUACGUGAAGGAGGAUCUUAUCAUUCCGCACCAUUACACGUUUUACGAUUUCAUCGUGACAAAAGCACGUGGUAAAAGUGGCCCUCUGUUUAAUUUCAACGUGAAGGACGAUGUACGAAUCAUAAACGAUGCCAGUGUGGAGAAAGAGGAGUCACACGCGGGAAAGGUGUGCGUCCGGUCCUGGUAUGAGCGGAACAAACACAUCUUUCCGGCCAGUCGCUGGGAACCAUACGACCCGGAGAAGAAAUGGGACUCAUAUUCUGUGUCAGACAAAAAUGCUACCAAGAUAACAGUGAAAUGAGAAUAAUGAGUAUUUUGUUGAUGUACUUUGUAUUGUUAAAACAGAGAAAUAAGCCGCAUUCUGGGAAAGCAAAUCUUUAUGGGUGUCUUGCCAUAUUAAUCAGUGCAAUCUGCUCUGGCAAAUCAAGGGAUGGCACUUUCCACUUGUAUUGCAUUUUUUGUUUUGAAGGAAGUCUCUCCUUUGUAAAAAUCCAGUUUAGGUGAAAAAAGAGUUGUCCCUGAUAAGCCUAUGGGGAGUGCAAGAAUAAAAAAAUAUAUCAAUAA